GAAUUAAUAUUUGUUCAUUAAAUCAAAGUAACAAAAUGCUCUCAGAUCUGUUAUUUCAUAUAUUAAUCGGAAUAGUGUUGUAUUUGUUUUACAAAUGGGCAACAAUAAACAAUGAUUAUUUCGUGAAGCGUAAAAUAUUACAUUUGGAUUCAGUGUUUUUGGUGGGAAAUACAUUUGAACUAUUUCUGAUGCGAAGCUAUCCCGCGAAAUGGUUGGAAUCGGUAUAUUAUCGAUUUCCAAAAGAAAAAAUCAUUGGAUUUUUUGACAUGAGCACACCGGUUUAUAUGCUACGUGAUUUGGACCUCAUCUACAAGAUCACGAUCAAAGAUUUUGAUUUUUUUAAAAAUCAUUGGAUAAGUUUUGCCCUAAAAUCCGAUUCAUUUAUGGGAAAGAGUGUGGUUUCAUUGGAGGACAGUAAAUGGAAUGACAUGAGAUCCACACUUAGUCCAAUAUUUACGAGUAGCAAACUGCGGCAUAUGUUCGAAUUGGUGGUUGAAUGUGCUGAUGAGAUGAUCGAAUAUCUCAGAGAGAAUUUGCAGCAAAAUAAUUCGGCCCAACUGAAUAUAAAGGAAGUGUUUUCGCGAUGCUCAAGUGAUAUUAUUACAUCUUGUGCAUUUGGUGUAAAAGUAAAUUCUUUUAAAUGUCCCAAAAACGAUUUUUACACUUUUGGCAAAAAUAUGAUGAAUUUUACCUCCGCAAAAUCAAUUCUACGUAUAAUAUUAGUUCGAACGCUGCCCAAUUUAAUGCUGGCAUUAAACAUUGAAUAUUUUAGCAAAGAUUUGCGGCAAUUUUUCAAAUCGAUGGUCUUGUAUAUAAUGGCAGACAGAGAAAAGAGACAAAUUUACAGACCAGAUAUGAUCAACACUUUGAUACAAAUGCGAAAUGGGACCACCAGGAACAAUAUUAACGAAAAUUCGAAUGAAAAAGAUGUGGGCUUUGCAACCGUAGAAGAAUCAAACUUUGGCAAAAAACAAGUGCAACGCAUCUGGAAUGAACAUGAGAUCGUUGCACAGAGUGCGUUUUUCUAUACGGCCAAUUUUGAAACAAUAUCUACUGUCAUGACUUUUCUUGCAUACGAAUUGGCUGUCAAUUGGGAUAUUCAACAAAAAUUAUAUGAAGAAAUUCAGGCGACUAGUGACAGUCUUGAUGGUGAUCGAUUGACUUAUGACAUAAUACCAAAAAUGAAGUAUUUUGAUCAGGUUGUAUGUGAAACGUUGCGUAAAUGGCCUACUGCUGUUUUAACGAAUCGGAUUUGCAGCAAGGACUAUGAUUUAGAAUUAGAUGGCAGACGAGUUACAAUUGAACGCGAAUCCUUCGACCCGGAACGAUUUAACGAUGAAAAUAAAAAGAAUAUCAAAGCGGGAGCAUAUAUUCCCUUUGGAAUUGGGCCACGUAAUUGUAUCGGUUCACGGUUGGCUCUAAUGGAGAUCAAGGCAGUUUUCUUCUAUUUGUUGCUAAAUUUUCAUAUUCAGCCGAAUGAAAAUAUGGAAAUACCAUUAAAAAUUCAUAAUUCAGUUGCUUUUUGGGACAUUGAAAGUACAAUUGAUUUAGAAUUAAAACCGAGAGUUUAA